AUGUCACAUGCAUUUUCCUGAACAGCAAUUUCUACUAAAACAGAAGAGAAUAUUGUAUCAUCAACUACUGAACAGAUCGAAGCUUUGAAUGAUCUAUAUGGAACAUAUGCUAAUCCUGUAAAAUCUUCAUAUCAAACAAAUUCAAAAAAACUUCAUCAGAAAAAAAAUUUGGUAUCAGUUUUAAAACAGCGCGAAACUGGUCUUGUGAAUUUUCAUCGCUAUCCAAAUGCACGAUAUAAUUCAAUGGAUAGAUUACUACCAAACCACAGUGAAAUUAUUGCAUCCAUGGGAAGGCCUACAUUUUGUGGACAAUUUUCGGAAGAUGGACAACGCUUCUUUAGUGCUUGUCAAGAUUAUUGCAUUCGUCUCUAUGAUACAACAUCACGGAACUUUCACCAACAAGCUGAAAUUGUAGCCGAUGAAGUUGGUUGGUCAAUAUUAGAUACAGCUCUAUCACCUGAUCGAAAUAGUUUAGCCUAUUCGACAUGGUCGGAUUGCCUUUAUUUAAUCAAAUUAAAUGAAGGUCUCAGUCAGCCAAAGAUCGUUCCAUUAAAUUUACAACCACAUUCACAUAGUUUUUCGAUAUUUUCUUUACAAUAUUCUGCUGAUGGCUCAGAAAUAAUUGGCGGUUCAAAUGAUACCUGUGUAUAUAUUUAUGAUCUUGAGAAACAGAGGCGAACACUACGAGUUCAAGCUCAUGAGGAAGAUGUAAAUGCUGUUCGUUUUCUUGAUAAUUCAAAUUCAUUAAUUGUUAGCGGUUCUGAUGAUAAUCUUGUUUCAGUUUGGGAUCGACGUGCACUGAAUGAAUCACAACCCAAACCGGUUGGUAUAUUUGCUGGUCAUACAAAUGGAGUUACUUUUGUACAUAGUCGAACGGAUACACGUUAUUUAAUUUCAAAUAGUAAAGAUCAAAGUAUUAAAUUGUGGGAUAUGCGUCGUUUUGCUAAAGAAUCAGCUAUUGAUUUAAUUCGUAUGAAAGCAAAUAGUAUAAACAAUGGUUGGGAUUAUCGAUAUGAUGCUUAUGGACCACAACCAAGAAAAUUUGAUAUACCAGGUGAUCCAAGCAUUCGUACGUAUCGUGGUCAUGCUGUUCGCUAUACAUUAAUACGUUGUUAUUUUUCACCAUCAUUUUCAACUGGCCAAAAAUAUAUUAUAACGGGCUCUUCAGAUGGCUGUAUGCGCAUAUACGAUGUGCUUACCGGUGACAUUAUAUUAAAUCUUCGUGUUAGUAGUAAUAGAACUGAAAGUCGUGAAAGAUGUCUACGAGAUGUGUCUUGGCAUCCAUAUGAAAACUAUAUUAUAUCAACAUCGUGGGACAGUCGUCGAGCUCAUGUACGUUGGACGUAUUCAUUGGAUAAAACAAUAGAUUCUGAAUCAGCCAGUUCUUCGGAGCCGAAAGUUGUUUCGGUUGAAGCUGAGAGUUCCCCACCAGUACAACGACCAACGGCAUUAUUACGAAGACUAUUGAAUCAACAGUUUCUCGGCUACUAUUCUGAUCAGAAUACGGACGAUGAUUCAUCACCAGAAGAAGAAUAG